ACAGUAAUAGGUUGCUAAUAGUGAUACCGGAUGGUAUCAGGAAGAUGAGAGCAGCACCACCACCAUGAUAUUAAUAAUCUAUGGGGGGGGGGUUAAGAGCGUUAUGGAACUAUGGUGCAGUAUGCUGUUACCCAUAGCAACCAGUCAGCUUUAAAGUGACAGGAUGUUGUGCUAUUUAGGAAAUAAAAGCAAGCACCUGAUUGGCUGCCAUUGCUUGCUGUACAUUUGUACAUAUUGCACGGUGUUAUUAAUCAUGAAGCCCCACUAUGCAGUAAUGAUGGCCCAGCCUUUACGCAGUGUGGCAACUUCCGUCUCAAAUCGUAUCAUCGCGCUCCCACACUGCCCCCUGCCUAUCCUCCCCUCCAAAAUCCAAGCAAGCAUGGUUUUAAUUGGUAUCCAGAUGAUAGAUCGACAGUGUAUUGGUCGACGGCCAAUAGACCGGAAAUUCUUAAGGAAAUGGACAUAAAUAAUCCGGGUCCGGCGACUGUAGAUUUCCCGUUCCCCUUUCAGCCGUACCCCAUCCAGGAGCGGUUUAUGCGGGAGCUAUAUCGGGUGCUGGAGACAGGGAAGAUUGGCAUUUUUGAGAGUCCCACAGGAACGGGUAAAUCUUUGAGUCUGAUUUGUGGGUCCCUGGCCUGGUUGCGGAACUUUGAAGAAAAGAAGCGUCAGGAAGAGGCGCGGGCCCUGUCUGUAGGAGAGACGGAGAAUAAGGGGGGCCAAGAGAUGGAUGGCCACACGGCGGCACCGUCUUCAGAUCCUGACUGGAUCACACAGUUCCUGUCCAAGAAGGAGGAAAUGGACGUGAAGAACAAGAUAAAGGAGGAUCAGCUUCGAAGGAAGAAAAGGGAGGAGCGGCUGGAGCAGAUGCGUCACAAUGGUCAGCUGAAGUUUGCUUCCAAGAGGAAGAGGGAGGAGGAUGAAGCGGUGCGCCUUCUGCAGCUGAGUCAGCGGAUGCUGUCCUCUGACGGAGAGGGCCCAGCCCUGGAGCAAGAAGAGGAAGAGCUGGUUCUCGCAGAAUAUGAGAGUGAUGAAGACACAAAGAAAGGAGCCACUCUGGAUGAGGAUGAGGAUGAUGAUUUGGAAGAAGAGCAUGUUACUAAGAUCUAUUACUGCAGCCGCACUCACUCUCAGCUCUCCCAGUUUGUGCGUGAGCUGCAGAAAAGUCCCUUCAGCAAGGAGACCAGGGUGGUGUCUCUGGGGUCUCGCCAGAACAUGUGUGUGAAUGACGAGGUGCGACGUCUCGGGACAGCCCAGCUGAUCAAUGAUCGCUGUAUGGAGAUGCAGAAGAACAAACACGAGAAGAAAACGGAGGAAGCAGAGGUGAAGAAGCGACGUGUAAGCCGACCUAGCUGUCCUUUCUAUUCCUACGAGCAAAUGCAGUUCCUGCGCGAUGAGGUCUUCGUAGAGGUGAAGGACAUUGAGCAGUUGGUGACGCAGGCCCGGGAGGUGAAAGCUUGCCCAUACUACGCCAGCCGUUAUGCGAUACCUGCCGCACAGGUGGUGGUUCUGCCUUACCAAAUGUUGCUGCAUGACUGCACCCGACGUGCAUCCGGGAUCAAGCUAAAGGACCAGGUGGUGAUUAUUGAUGAAGCCCAUAAUCUGAUAGACACCAUUACUGGCAUGUACAGCUCGCAGGUGACUGGCGCGCAGUUCUGUCAGGCUCACUCCCAGCUGGCACAGUACAUGGAGCGAUACAGGAGCCGCCUGAAAGCCAAAAACCUGAUGUAUGUGAAGCAGAUUCUCUUCUUGUUGGAGAAGUUUGUGGGGGCCCUCGGAGGUAAUGUGAAGCAGAACCCCAACUAUCAAAAGGUUCCUCAGGAAGGUACCACUCUGAGAUCCAUCAAUGAUUUCCUGUUUUACAGUCAGGUGGACAAUAUCAAUCUGUUCAAGGUCCAGCGUUACUGUACGAGGAGUAUGAUCAGCCGCAAGUUGUUUGGCUUCAUGGAGAAAUUCAGAGCAGCAGACGUUGGCCUGGCCGUGAAAGAGAGCACAAAACCGGGGGGAUUACAGCAGUUCCUACAGAACCUUCACCAGAAGGACUGCAGUGAGGUUGCAGGGGUCCAGGAGGCUGGUGAGAACGGGCAAACUCGUACCGCGUCUCCGCUCAUGCAGAUCGAAGGCUUCCUCACCGCAUUGACCAACGCCAACCAAGAUGGCCGUGUCAUAGUACAAUUGCAAGGUAGCGUGGCGCAGAGCAGCCUGAAGUUUCUUAUGCUGAAUCCAGCUGUGCAUUUUGCAGAAGUCCUGAAGGAGUGUCGCUCUGUGAUCAUCGCUGGAGGCACCAUGCAGCCGGUUUCUGAUUUUAAGCAGCAGCUGCUGAUAUCGGCUGGGCUCAGCCCGGACAGAAUUGUGGAAUUCUCAUGUGGUCAUGUGAUUCCUCCAGAGAAUAUACUCCCGAUAGUGAUCUGCAGUGGGCCAACCGGUCAGCAGCUGGAAUUCACUUACCAGAAGAGGGACUUGCCGGCUUUGAUGGAUGAGACUGGUCGGAUCCUUACAAACCUAUGUAACGUGGUCCCGGGGGGACUAGUGGUCUUCUUUCCCUCCUACGAUUACCAGAAGCUAAUCAUGGAUCACUGGGAGAAGACCGGGCUGACAAAACGUUUGGCAAUAAAGAAAAAGAUAUUCCAGGAACCAAAGAAAGCCAGUCAGGUGGAACAGGUCCUGUCUGAAUAUUCCAGGUGCAUCAAGCUCUGCAGCCAGUCUACAGGUCCCCUGCGCGGCGCUCUGCUGUUCUCCGUUGUUGGAGGGAAGAUGAGUGAAGGCAUUAACUUCUCCGACGACCUGGGCCGGUGUAUUGUGAUGGUGGGAAUGCCGUACCCCAAUAUCCGAUCCCCGGAGCUCCAGGAGAAGAUGUCCUACCUCGAUCAUACACUGCCCAAGACCAAUGGCGUUGCUGCAGGGAGAGUGCUUAUCGAGAACCUGUGCAUGAAAGCGGUCAAUCAGUCUAUCGGGCGAGCGAUCAGACAUCGGGAUGACUACGCCACCAUUGUACUGUUAGACCACAGGUACUCCCGGCCCAAUAUACUUGGCAAACUACCCCAGUGGAUCCGAAGCAGCACAGAAGUUAAACCAGCCUUCGGGCCUGCUUAUGCGUCAGUACGGAAGUUCUUUCAGCUGAAGAAGACAAUUUCUAUGUCACCAACCUGAUCUCGUCAUCUGCACCUUAGAAGAUUCUGCUCCAUCCCCUGAAAACAUUUGUAUACAUUAUUUAUUACAAUAAAUCUUCCCUAUAGCCCGUG